AGGCGCACGCGCAGUGAGGGCGGGGCGGGGCCGGCCGCCGCCGGUUGUUGUAGUAACGGGGAAGCGGCGGGAGUGGCCACCGGAUCGGGCUGCGCCGAUGGGGCUAUGAAGAAGCGGGUAACAGCUGCUGUCAGAUCCCUGGGAUCUGUAGGAGGGAUCUCUGAGGCCGCCGAGCCGGCUGCAUGAGAGCGGCCGGAGGAGAUGCCGGCGGGCGUGGCUCGGGGACUGGAGGAAAGCGGCUCGUCCUCAGAAGAGGAGGAAGAGGAGGAAGAUGCUGGAGACGGGCUGCAGGAUCAUCCGUGCAUCAGGUGGACCGGUGGCGGCUGCAGGCGGAUCCCCAUCUUCGUGUUUCAUGCUGAUGCCAUUCUGACAAACGACAGCUACCUCCGCCUAAUUGGAGAGCGUUAUCACUUGUCCUAUAAGAUUGUGCGAACGGACAGCCGCCUCGUGCGAAGCAUACUGACUGCACAUGGAUUCCAUGAGGUGCACCCUAAUAGCAGCGAUUAUAAUCUCAUGUGGACAGGAUCACACUUGAAGCCCUACCUGCUGCGUUCCCUUACAGAUAUCCAGAAAGUGAAUCAUUUUCCCAGGUCAUAUGAGCUGACACGAAAGGACAGGCUUUACAAGAAUGUCUGUCGUAUGCAGCUGUCCCAUGGAUUCAAGACGUUCCAUAUCUUACCUCAGACCUUUAUCCUCCCAGCAGAGUACCAGGAGUUCUGCAGUACCUACUCUAAGGACAGAGGCCCAUGGAUAGUGAAGCCUGUGGCCUCUUCCAGGGGUCGAGGUGUCUACCUGAUAAACAAUCCAAAUCAGAUUGUUCUGGAAGACAACAUCCUGGUUUCUCGUUACAUCAACAACCCCCUGCUCAUAGAUGGUUUCAAAUUUGAUGUGCGCCUGUAUGUUCUGGUUACAUCCUAUGAUCCACUUGUCAUCUAUCUCUAUGAGGAAGGAUUGGCCAGGUUUGCAACUGUGAGGUAUGACCAGGCAUCGAAGAACAUUAAAAACCAAUUUAUGCAUCUGACUAACUAUAGUGUCAACAAGAAGAGUGGAGAUUAUGUCAGCUGUGAUGAUCCUGAAGUGGAAGAUUAUGGAAAUAAGUGGAGCAUGAGCGCAAUGCUGAGGUACUUAAAACAAGAGGGGAGAGACACUGCAGCACUGAUGGCCAGUGUGGAAGACCUGAUUAUCAAGACGGUAGUAUCUGCUGAGCCGGCCAUUGCUACAGCUUGUAAAACUUUUCUUUCACAUCGUGGCAGCUGCUUUGAGCUGUAUGGAUUUGAUGUCCUUAUUGAUGAUAAUCUCAAGCCCUGGCUGUUGGAAGUGAACCUAUCUCCAUCACUGGCCUGUGAUGCACCUUUGGACCUCAAGAUCAAAGCAAGCAUGCUCUCAGAUAUGUUCACCCUUGUAGGCUUUGUAUGUCAAGAUCCAGGCCAGCGAUCAAGCCGGACUGCUUAUCACUCAUCAGAGUCUGUCAGGAGAAACCCAUACCAGAAGCUGCAGCGUCCUGUGUCUGCACAAUCCCAACCAACAAACACCAGACUGCGUACCCGUCCUCUUUCUGCCAGUGAUGCUGAAAUGAAAAACUUCAUGCCCUCAGGGAGAGAAAAAGCAACAGGAAGGCAAGGAAGCUCUAUGCUGGGUCUCUCCGUGGAAGAGAUAAAAGUUCUUCGUCGAGUGAGAGAUGAGAAUGAACGGAGAGGAGGUUUCAUCCGCAUAUUUCCUACCCCAUUGACAUGGGACCUGUAUGGAUCCUUUUUAGAGUACAAGACAUCAAUGAACUACAUGUUGGCUACACAUCUGUUUCAAGACAGGGGCAAGAUGAAAGGAGACUUUUUCACUGGAAGAUCUCGAGAAGAUCUUAAUGGGAGGCUGGAUAUGAAUCUGGAAGCUGUAGACUCUCAUUCUCUCUUUUAUGAGAGAAAGCUUGUUUCACUGGAGUUAAGGAAGCACCGGCGAUGUCGUACCAAAGCCAGAGCAGCACAAACAAGGUUAUCAGGGACAUCACAACCAACAAAGUUGUCCCUCACGGACACAGAAGGUGAAGAGGAAGAGGGGGCAGCAGAUGAAAAUGAAGAACAAAGUGGAACUCUUGGCUCCCUUUCAAACAGGCAAUUGAAAAGCAAGCCAAAGCUCUCUGACCUGGAGAAAACUUCUAGUAAGGAGAUGUUGACAGAAAAACUUGACAAGAAAACAAGAAAUGAAGGAGGGCCAUUUGUUGAAAAGAUAGACUCAAAGCCUCAGUUUAACUUGCUGCAGAUUCUUAAAAAAAAUGGAAAUCUAAGCAAAGUGCAGGCCCGUAGGGCUUUCUCUGCCUAUCUACAGCAUGUUCAGCUGCGACUGAUGAAGGAUGCUGGUGACCAGUUCCAGAAUGCUGCAUGGGCUGCAAAAGAAGAUGAGCAAAUGGAGCUCGUAGUCCACUUUCUGAAGCGAGCUGCCAGCAAUCUUCAGAAGUCCUUGAGGAUGCUGCUUCCCAGCCGUCAUUUGGGACUAAAUGAUCGUCGUCGUAUCCUGGCUCACCAGUUGGGCGAGUUCAUAAUCUGUUAUAACAAGGAAACAGAACAGAUGAUUCAGAAGCGAUCAAAAAAGAAACAGGAAGAGGAAGAGGAGGGAGUGAAUCCUGAAGGUUUUCAGAACUUUAUUACCAGAGCAAGUGAGAGAGACUUGGAGGAAGUGCUGACAUUUUACACACAAAAAAGUAAGUCAGCAAGUGUCUUCCUAGGAACAAACUCCGGGACCACAAAACCCAGGAACACCAGUAACCAGUCAGAGAAUCAUCCUCAGGGGGACCACCCUGAGGUGAUGAAAAAAAUAAAAGGUGAUCAACCCAAAGGUUCAGUUGCAGAUCUGCCUGUAGAAGGAAGAGUAAGAGAUUGUAAACCCAAAGAAGUGAAAUCAACCUAUCCAGAAAGAUCCACCUUCUCCUUAAAUGCUGAAGUGAAAUUACCUCGGUGCUGCCCUCCUAGUGCUGCUUCCUCUGCUUCUGGUGCCACGUUCCGGAGAAGUACCAGUUCCCAGUUACCAUCUCAACCUGCAGCCUCUGAAAAUCCACAGGUGCCUGGUCACUGUUCAUUGCCGACUCCUCCAAGUGGUCUAAGGAUAAUUCAUUCCUCAUCUUCCCUACCUUUGUCCCAGAGCCAGAGCACAGCCACUGACUGCUCUUCUGUCUUCACAAACCCAGUGUCCAGUGAGGCUUCUAGCCUUGCAGGGUUACAUCGUUGUUCUGGUAGCUACACCAUUGGACCACUCUCAUCUUUUCAGAGAGCUGCUCAGAUCUACAGCCAAAGACUGUCCCGAUCAACCUCUGCAAAAGCAGGUAUGCGCCACCGCAGUCCAAGUGGGCAGCGUGUGAGUUCUGCCAUGAUGAACAAAGGUACAGAAGAUGCUCCUUCCCUGGGCAAACGUUACAGCCCCAGUAUGGUAGCAGCAGAACUGCAGCAGCUGGCAGAAAAACAAGCAGCUUGUCAGUAUUCCCCACCAAGCCACAUCAGUCUCCUUACACAGCAGUUAACAAGCUUGAACUUAGCAAGUGGAGCUGUAGGCAAGGGGAAUGCAGCUGUGCCCCCAGGCUACCGAUCAGUGCUCAACAGAAAAGGGCCAUUGUGGGCUGUUCAGUCAGACACUCUUACAGAUGACAGAAGAUGCAUCUCUUCAGCAGUCAGGGCUCCAGAGAGUGAUCGUUUUGCCUGGGAAGGGGAGGUGGAGAACAAUGUCUACAGCAAAAUGACACGGAGUCCACUGGCACACCCCAACUAUCAGCUGAAUUUAGCCGUGCAGCAACUUCAGCAGCAAAAACUUCAGUCACGACAGCUAUUGGAGCAAAGCCAAGCCCGACACCAGGCUCUCUUUGCCAGCUACUCGCAAUCCAGCACCAGCCAUGUGCCUAUGUCGCCUGGCUCUGGUGCGCACAAGACAUCAAGUGCCACUUCAGGUAUCCAGAAGGCAGCCAGUUUGCACAAAGUGGUGCCAUCCCAGUGUACGCCUUCUCAGCUGGUUCCAAAGCCUCCAGCAAACCACAGGCAGGCUGUGGUCAGAAAAACUGCAGCCCAGAGGAUUUCCAAGUUGACCUCCGUUGAAAGGCAACUUAACGGAUUCCAGAACAGCCUUCGCAGUGCUGCAUCCUGUGAACUGGGGUCGAAUUCUACAGGAAGAAAGUCACAACAAUCUCUUCCAUGAAAAUCCUUCCAGAAAUACCUGCCUGGCUGAGAAGCUCUCAGUGGAUUACUGAAAGGGCUGAGUGGUCUGAUACUCUGUACCUUGCAUCAAACUUUUCCAGUGAUGCCUUUCACCUGUGAACAGCCUUUGGCAACAGCAGUAGUAAUAUUCUGCCAGCAUCUCUCUAUCCAAUCUGUAGUGCCAUCUCUAUGCAGAGAAAGGGUUAUGGAGAAACAGUCAUUUUGUUGUAUCAUAUUUUGGGAACCAGUUGAGCUUAAGAUGGAAGAUGAGGCGAUUCCUACUAUUGUGUUUCCCUUUUCGGGAGGGCAAAGAAUCAGUUAUGAUCAGUUAUUAUGGAUAUUUGGUUUCACAUUUGUUCUUAGCAUUAUCUUUCUAAAGCCAUUGUUAUUCCAUGCACUACAGCAACAUCCUGAAUCACCUUUCUCUCCCCUGCUGACAUCCAUGAUUCCAUAAGGAAGGAUAGGAGGGAAAAAAAAAAAUCUUCUUUCUUCUCUAGCAUAUUUAUUGAAGCUAUCCCAUGUCAGAUAAUAACAGGUAAGCCUGUAUUACCAGACGGAGCAGAAGGAAGAGAAGUAGAGAAAGGCCUUCUCCUUAAGCUGUUUUUUGGUACUCUUUGUAGAAGCAAGGAGCCACUACCUUAUGACCAGCAAUAAACACAUAUUGGUGGGUCUAAAAAAAUAGAUGCACCACAAAUUAUGAACAGGGUGUGCCUGUGUUUGAGCUUAUCCAGAUACCAGAAAACUGUGGAAGUCUCAUUAAUCUCAGCAGAGCAUGAAGCUCUGCCAGAAGCAGCAUUCUCAGUCCUUCUCUGAUGAUGUUAAUGGGGUAAUGGCCAACUCAGCUAUUACUUCUCAGUUAGAGCUGAGGAUAUGUGUUCACUUCUAAUGAUCAGAAAUUACAUUUAUUGUUUAACUUGUGACAACAGCCUGCCUCUUACACCUUCGGUCAACUUUUUGCCUUUCUUUUAUGAAAGAAAGACUUUUAUGAAAGCCUUUUUCCUGUUGCUACUGGUCUCAUGCCACAUCCUCAAGGAAAGGAUCUUCCAAGUUUCAGGUACAUUGGGAAAACAGAAAUUCAAUGAAGAACAGCCUCUAGAAAUUGGCUUCCCUGUUUGAGAACUUGAACUCAGCUGGAAUUUCAGGAGCCUUCACUUCUGACAGACUCAAAGAGAGCUCCUAAGCAGGAUAAGUAAUAACUUCAGGCAGCUGGCAUUUUUGCCUGACUGGAGGCUGAGCUUGUUCUCAGUAGUUAGGUGGUGGCAAACUGCCUGCAUUUCCUUGUGUUGGAAAUGUCAUUCAAAAUCAGGUGUGCAAAGACUAUGGAGAGGUUAUAUAAUGUCUUGGCUACCAGUGUCUCACAUCUGGCCGUUUGGCGUUAAGCUACCUAUAGAGAGGAUGACUUUGCCCAUCCAAAUUGGAUUUUGUUUUAAUCUGGCAUUACUUUAUUGAGGCUAAAAAUAGAAGCCAAAAUGUGUGUGAAUAGGAUAAAAGGAGUGUCUGAAGUUAUGAAAUGAAAUGUGUGGAAGAGCCAGAGAAGAGAAAGCCACAACAAACCAGAGAGUAGGAAACUGAAUAAGGAAAAGCAGAAUGAAAGCUGUCAAGUACAGAAGGGCAUCAGCAGUCAGGGGGAGGAGCCCACCCAGUGUCUUCUAAGUAAUAUGAGGAGGAGAGACCCUCAGAGAGGCUUCCACCACCACAUCUCCAUUUGUCAUUAAGACUGCUCGCUGCUCUUUUACUGUAGAGAGACUUUGCUCAAUUGUAUACAGUUGUGUGCAUCCUGUUUGAGUCAUCCCCCUCAAGUGCUUUAUCAUGCCUGGGAACGGCUGCUUUCCUUCAUCUGCCCAUUUCAGCAAGCCAACUUGAAAUUGUGCCCAAAAGAUGGGGGAGGGAAGGUUGGCCUUCAGUUGCCAGCUGUCCUAGCUUGCUAGUGUCAAUCACCCAAGGAUAUAAAUAAAACCUAUCUAUUUAUUGCCUUUCUUAGAUGUACUGUAUAGUACCAAGAGAAUGCUGGACAUCACACUUGGAUUAUAAAUUCCCUCUGCUUUGGGAUAAAGGAUCUGAAUUUCUAGAGUUAUUAGGGUUUUUCAGGGAGAAUGUAAGCUCCUGUUUUCAGCACAGGAAGAUUCAGGAGAUUUGGACAUGUAAGUCUGUGGCAGAAGUGAGAAGUUAUGGGUAUGAUGAAAUAGAACUAACCAGUGCUAAAAAAAAUGUUAGCACAGGUCCCUGACCUAGUACUGUCAACCAGCUUGGUACUCUGCUCUAUCUCAUUCCUGCAACUUGGAAGCAGAGUAGACUAUGUGCUGGUGUCUAACUAAAACUGUCUACAUCUGUGCUGGGAAAAUCUAUAUAGCACUGCAUUAUAGCAUGCAAAUAUCCCUUUUACAUAGCUGUGAUUUCCUAUGACUCAGGCAUAUUCAUAAAAUUGAGAUAAACCUUUUGCCUCUGUUAACUGUUCUAAAUAUGAAAGUGGUGUUUUUGCGUGUAGUUGUGGAUGACAUGUAAGCAUGUGGACAGACAUAUAGGCAGAUACUUCAUGUUUCAACACCUUGUUAAAUAUUUGUAUGUGGUGCUCACCACAGAGAAUCAACACUUCAUGUUGGCUGCUGUCAGUAAUAAUCUGAGGUUUUUCUGUUGCCCCUGCUCAACCAGAACUUAAAAGGAUGCAGAGUGCUCCCAAGUAGCUUUGAAAUGUUAAAACUUUAUCAAGUUACAUAUGUUAAUAUUUAUGAAAUAACUGAAUUGUAGCAAUGGGCAUGAGCUAAGCUGUGCUUAUGGUAAGAAUGCACAUAUUUAUAUUUAGGCAUGUAAACACCUCUCCCCGUGUUGAGUCCUCAAGGUAGCCACGCAAGGGGAACUUUCAUUAGGUGUUUCUAAUUCCAUUUGUGAGAAAAUAUAAACUGUAUAGUGCAUUUCUAUGAGACAAAGAAGGCUCAAAUGCCUCUUCAAGAUGGGAAGAUGAGGUUGAAGUCGGCUGUCUCUUCCAUAUGCCUUCAUUUUCUUAAUAUCAGGAUAUCGUCAAGGGACGGUUUUCUGGACUGGUAUCCUAUCUUAAUACACAUGGUUGACAGUUUUGUUCCUAAUUCAGGUUCCAAACUUUCUGUGCAGUGACAGAGCUGGCAAUGCUGCUUUCUAAACAUCUUUCCAGAUCCUCUGUGCUGUGUGAUGCUUGGCUCUACGCUGGGCUUUCAAGGAGAGUGUAUUUUUUAAAAUAAAGCAGUAUUUUUAAUAAACUCAGCUCUCAACAAGUGUCGCUCACAUUUAGGAGCAAGCUGAUGUGCUAAAUACAGCAGACAAGCUUUACCAACUAGAUUAGCUGUAAAAUGCAAACUGUCCAAAAUAAAUGUAGUACAUUUCUAAGUGUUUUGGAAUUUUCUUUUUAAAGGAAUGUCUGAGGAUUUUUAUGAAAAAGAAGUGACAAUGACAUUGACUUUUUCCCAUAACAUGCCUAAAUAGGAAAAUGUAGCAGUAUACAGAAUUGAAAUCCCUCUCUUCAAUGGUGGGAAGAAGAAAAUCUUUCCAAUCCCCAUCAUGUUUCUUUUAAAGAUAAACUUUUUCACAUGCCCACUAUUCUGGCAUGCAGGUCCUCAGCAUCUUUUGGAGUGCGGGAGUAGAUUCCCAUGCAAGCAAAUAAGUAAAAGGUGCAGAAAAAAAAAGUGUUCUGAUAUGGGAGAAGGAUUUACAAAUACUGGAGCAGCAUGUGAAGAGGUGAGUUACAUAAGGAAGUGCAGAGGGUAUUUUGAGGCUUGAAAGGAACACUAAGAGCACUUUUUCAGACAGUGGCUUAUUACUUUAGGUUUGUCAUACUGUUAUGUGAUCUCUUUCUGUAGAGGAAGGCUGUAUUAUAGGGAGAUUCAGAUUAGGAAGAAUUCAGAUUUCUGGUGGUAGCUGAGAUUUGCAGGGUGGUGCAGCAGCAUUUCAAUAAAACAGACUGCUCUGAGUACUCAAAAGCUUUACCUUCUGAUAUUUUUGUUUGUUUGUUUUGUUUUGUUUUGUUUUUUUU